AUGCAACAAUCCGAGCUUCCUCCUGAAUAUAAUAGUACAAUCAAACCAAAAUUGGAUGGAAAGACCGCAGAAACAUGCUAUCAACAUUGCUUUGGAAAAGCAGGCCAACAGAUAGCAAUGAAAUCAAAACCAACAACAAUCAGAAGUUUAAGCAAGCAGACAUCAGCAGAUAUAUCAGGAACACCAAAAGUAACAUACUAUCCACCUGGGUAUACAGGAUAUAUACCUUGCGAGUUCAAAGGAAACAGAAGUUAUGUACCGAGAGAAGAUCGUUCAGCUUCUGACUGUGUAUGGCAGUAUAAUACAAAUAUAUCAGGAUAUGGUGGCUAUGUUCCAUCUCUUGGCAUGGAUCCUGAUGUUUCGAAUGUUAAACAAGCUUCUACAACUUAUCGUGAUCUUUGCUCCGCUGCACACUUCCUCCCUAAGGUUUCUGCAUGA